ACUCCCUCGCUCCCUCGUACGCGUACGGUUUUGUACACAUACGUUCACGUGAGCGCGCGCAUUCCACUGCGAGUGUGUGCGCGUUGUUGGUCGCUUUCUCAUUUCUCUUUCUGGCGGUACGCUUCGCCGCCGCUGGCCUUCGUCGUCCACACGAACCACCACCGCCAUCGCGUCGUAGUACGUUUUAGUUCUCCGUUCGUACCGUGUGUGCGUGUGUUGUCGUGCGCGGGCGCGCGAGUGUGUUUUUUUUCCUCGUUUUUCUUUGCGUGAGCGGUGUGCGCGCGCAAAACAUCUCACGUCCGUGGUGCACGCGUGUUUUCUUAUUUUUAUUUUCUCACCGAAAAUACGUGUCGCGAGUGCUUGCUCAUCAUCAUACGAGAUUCGUGCGCACAGUGCCUGCGAUCUGUUCACGGUUAUCCCAUUUAUUAUUUAUAAUUUUUUUUCUCGUUUCAAAUCGUUUUCCGUCCGUUAACAAUGAUUUCCCUGUCGAAAUCAACAGCACCAACAAUAUCAACGGUGAACAACGACGACUGCAGUAACCGCACGAUAACAUGUUGUGAGGAAUACCACUCCAAAGUAUAUAUCAUGCUGUAUGAAAUUUGUGAUAAAGGAUCAUUUAGAAAUGAUUCCAGAUAUACUAUCUGUGAUAGACAAAAUGACAAAAGACGAAGACAAGCUAAUGCGAUUCGAUACUGUCAGUACCGUUGGUUAUUUAUGCACAGUUUUUCACCAACACGACAACCUAAGAUCCUACAUACAUUCAUUUUUACUCCCAGCUAUUAUCAAAGCAUUAUCUGAUCCAGCAGAACAGGUAGUAAUGCGCUCUCAGAUGGUUCUCACUUACAUAAUUAGUAAAGGUGUAAUUAACAACAAGACUGUUGAAGAAAUUGUUUGUCCAGCACUAAUAUUAGCUGCCAAUUCCACAGAUGAUCUCCAUGUACAAAAUAAUAUUGUCACGUUAGUAGGAAAAAUUGUUCUUAAAGUAUGCAACAAUGUGUUAUGCAAGACUGUGUUGCCAUUCUUAAUCAACAAAAGUCAUAGUGAUUGUAUAUAUGUCAGACUGGCUGCAUUAUUGAGUUUUCCUGAACUUGGUCAUGCAUUGAACAUAGAACACAAAACCAAAGUAUUAUUACCUCGUUAUGUAGAGAUGUGUAAUGAUCGUGUUGGUACUAUUCGAAAAACAUGUGCUGACAUUAUUGCUCCACUAUCGGCUUGUUGUAAUGAUGCCCUUAGACGAGAAUCAAUAACUGAUGCAGCUGGACGAUUACUUAGUGACAGUUGCAAGUUUGUACGGCAAACAGCUUUAGAAAACUUAGGUCCAUUGAUUACUACAUAUGCAACUCCUGCUGUUACAUCAUUGGUCACUACUCGUACAUAUAUUCUUAUGAUGGUUAGCAAUUUUACCGACGAUUUACAUUAUAUAACAAUGAAAUGUCAAACAAGUCAAGAAUAUUUUAAAGCUACAGAAUUAUUAAUGGACCGAGAAAAACCAUGGUCAAAUGAAACAACUAUGAAAAAUGAUAAUAAAUUUUGGGUUGCUGAUUAUAAUGUAAAGACUGAAUCAGAAGAAUUAUACAGUACAUUUGCGUAUUGGAGGGAACCUAUCUGUGAUACAAAAUCGUCUUUUAGUUUUGAAAAUGAUUGUGAUGAUAAGGAAUCUGAAGUUGAAAGACUUCAAAGCAUGAUACCUAAUAAGUUAUGGUAUGUGCCCAUGAAUAACAACUCUAAUUUGAAUUGCACUGACAUGAAGAAAUCUGAGUUUGAAGUGAAACCCAUUGUAGAAGGUAAUGGAGAUUCAAAACCUUCAACAGCUGAACUCAACGACAAUUAUCUUGUUGUACCUGCAUUACUGCUUGAUAAUUAUGCUGACAUGGCUGGUGCAUUUGAUGAUAGUGACUUAGCAUCUCAAUGUGCAUGUAUGUUACCUGCAGUGCUUGUUACUAUUGGCCCUGCUCACUGGCCAUUGCUUAGGCAUACUUACUAUGUCUUAGCUUCCCACAGAUCUUGGAAAGUUAGAAGAAAGGCGGCUUCUUAUAUACAUAAACUAGCAAUUUACAUUGGUGAAGAAGCUACAUCCAGAGAUCUUUUACCAAUAUUUGAAUCCCUUGUAUUGGAUUUAGACGAAGUACGGUCUGGUGCCAUAGAUAAUUUUGCUGCCUUUCUCAGGAUGUUAUCACCGAGUGUACGUAGUGAUUUAGCGCCAAUGUUGUGCAGAUUUUUAAAAACCGAUUAUGAAUGGAAUUGGCGUUUUAGACAAAACUUUUGUGAACAAUUAGCAGAAUCAUUACAUUUGUUCACACCACUUGACAUGUAUCAUCAUAUACAUGAAGUUUGUCUUUCAUUACUAAUGGACAGAAUAUCAUCUGUUCGGCAAUCUGCUUUAUCGUUGGUUCCUGAACUGUUGGUGGUUCUCAAUAAAAAUUUAGGUCUAAAACGAUUGAUGGUCAAUGAACUAGUUACUCAAUUUGGCAGAGCAGAUUCAUGGAGUAGACGACAAAUGUUUGCCCAAAUAUGUUCGUAUAUUUUGAAUUAUGGUGACCGUUGUCUAUCAGCAGUGGAUUUUAGUAAUGAAUUAUUGCCUUGUUUGCUGAACUUGGGGUCUGACCGUGUACCAAAUGUUCGGUUAAUGGUAGCCAAGACUCUUUACUCCCAAAUAGUAAAUAACCCAAUUUUUAUGGAUUUACAAAACCCUCAGCAUCAUGUACUCACUGAAACAUUGACUAGGUUACGGAGAGAUGAAGACCGUGAUGUUCGUUACUUUGCUGAUAGCAACCGUGGUGGCUUUGGCAUUAGUGCCAAUUAAGAACAUUUAUGCUCGAUAAUAAUUGUUUUUAUUUUACAGCAACAGUUAUUUACAAAAAAACUGCAUUCAACAAUGGCUGUGCCAACUUUUAAUGCAUACAAAAAUAAAAUAAAUUUAAUUAUUAUU